GGAAUCACUUAGCUUGUGACAUCAUCCGUGACGUCGGCAGGCCUGCGCGCAGCCGUAACCGGUGGAAAGAAGAUGGUGCUCAUCAAGGAAUAUCGUGUGGUUUUACCAUGCUCAGUGGAAGAGUAUCAAGUUGGGCAGCUUUUCUCGGUGGCUGAAGCCAGUAAAAACGAGACGGGUGGCGGAGAGGGCAUCGAAGUACUAAAGAAUGAACCAUAUGAGAAGGAAGGAGAGAAGGGACAAUACACACACAAAAUCUACCACUUAAAAAGUAAAGUGCCAGGUUUUGUGAAGAUGAUCGCACCCGAAGGAGCUUUAGUUUUCCACGAAAAGGCCUGGAACGCUUAUCCAUACUGCCGCACAAUUGUGACUAAUGAAUACAUGAAAGAUGACUUCAUGAUUAAAAUUGAAACGUGGCACAAACCUGACACGGGCGCUUUAGAGAAUGUACAUGAUUUGGAUCCCAUCACGUGGAAGACAGUGGAGGUCGUGCAUAUCGAUAUAGCUGACCGGUCUCAGGUUGAACCUGGGGAUUAUAAGCCAGAAGAGGACCCGGAAAUCUUUCACUCAGAGAAAACAGGUCGGGGACCUUUAGGACCGGACUGGAAGAAAGAGCUGUUGGCCAAGCCGGACAGUCCUCGUAUGUGUGCAUACAAACUAGUCACUGUCAAGUUCAAGUGGUGGGGCCUUCAAACCAAAAUAGAAAACUUCAUACACAAGCAAGAGAAAAGAAUCUUCACCAACUUUCACCGUCAGCUGUUCUGUUGGAUCGACAACUGGGUUGAGCUCACCAUGGAGGACAUUCGCAGGAUGGAGGAAGAGACGCAGCGAGAGCUGGAGGAGAUGCGUCAAAAAGGAAACGUACGAGGCACAACAGCAUCUGAAGAGUAGCCGAAUCCUUUUUAGUAACCAGAGGCAGGUGAUGAGAUUGUCUUCGUAAAACUGGUCAGGUUCGAGGCACCAGUGCUGCUCACGAACAAUGAGGCAAAACUUCAAGAAAUCUUCUACGAUGACGAAAGACAUCAAGACCGCAUCCAACCAAACCAGCCAGCGGCAACGCCGUCCUCCACCAGACUUCAGAAUGACACAACGAUCAGUAGUACUGUAAAACAGGUGGACACACUUUUUCACUGGACUAGACUUGACCUGUUUUCUAGAUUCAGGCCGAGUGUCCCAGUGACUGUUAACACUUUAAGACUUUUAGAAAUGUCAGAUUAUUGCUGUUUGGUUGUGUUAUUCCAUCUCAGAAAAAAAAAAAAAUUUUAAUUUUGGCAGGCAUCGGACCAAUUGUUUGUUUCUGUUUGGUUUUUAUCUGUUUGUAACGGUUCACGUCUUUUCUUUUCUGUUUUUAAUUUCCCCCCUGAUAAAGCACUUCUUUUUGGUUUCUUUGAAAUUUUAAAUCACGGUUAAGAGGGUUUUUAUUUCUGUAGUUGGCGUUAUCAGUUUAGUCCUGCCUAUCAUGUCUUGUUUUUGUAGGAAAAGGUGCAACGCUACUGCACAGCAUGCACAUGUGUGCACACAAACACACAUCCACCUCGCAGAAUACUUUUCAAAGCAAGUGGCUUUUGCAUGAGCUCAGGCAUGUUCUUAUUAGCGGCUGUUUUUUGGAGGGUCUCCGAGACCCUUCAACUGAAGCAACCCCUCAGGACUCACCCAAAAUCCAGACUAAUUACUAGAGCAAAUCUAUGCUGCUGCUGCUUUUUUACUUUCAGAGUUGCUUUUAGGCCCGGCCAAGUGCUUUUAUAUCGCUAAUCUACCUGUAAUUCUCUCAGGGUUCCCACAGUCACAGCAAACACCUGGAGAUAUCAGGGAAAAGUUGUGAUUUCCAGGCCUGCUUCAUUACACUUAGUAUUUAAUUUAGCCCCUUGUUGUUUUUAAAGCAAGAAUCGCUGUUAAAGUACAUAUUAGGUUAGGUUGAGCUUAGGUUUUUGUCAUUUUUUUGAGGUGUAACUACUUUUCCAGUUGGUUGAAUCUCUGGUAACUGACAUAACCACAUGUGAACGGCGCUUAACUGAUCCCCUUUUUGGUUUCCUUGUGCAUAUUAUGCAAAUGAUACUGGCGUUGUCAUGGCGACAAAUUUAUUCGGUGUCUCUAAACAGGCACAGUCGGUAAGAUUCUGUCGCACAAGUCUCAUGUUUGUGGCUGUAGUUUUUUAUUAUGUGCUCUUGAAUCAUUGAGUCACGCUGCAUAUUUGCAAUAUUAUUCAAAUCGAAUACUGUAACUCUAUUUUAUUUAUAUUUUUGCUCUACUUUUUUUUUUUUUGGUAAAGCUAACUGGGGAAACUGAAAAUUCUCUGUCACAUAAUGGCAGUAGAAAUCAUACUGAAUCCAGAAACUUUUAAUUCAAUCAAAAAACUGAAGUUCUUUUAACAUAAUAGUUGAAUGUUAAUAAAAUACAGCUUUCUUUGAGAUCAUGUGAGGACACAUUUUGGUUCGUUUAGAUUUUUAAUGAGUAAAUAAAUGUUAAACAUCAGCUCUGCGUAUUGUUUUAAUUCUUAGUUCACUAUGUAAUAUAAUGGUAAAGCAGAAACAUAACCUUACUGUAAAGUGUUACCCAUUGAUUUAUAUUAAAAAUAUAUAUAUAUAUAUUUGUAUAAUGAAUAUCACUAUGAUUUUUUUUGGUCUAAUUUGAUCAAGUGUGGGAACCCUGACCUCUGCACCUGAACGUGUGCAUAGACACCUCAAGUGAUGCUUAGGACAGUUUAAAGAGCUUGAUUUUUGUACUGUUUCUAUAUCGUACCAGGUCAGAGUUGCAGGACGAGGCUAUUCCGUCCUGCUCUCUGGCU